AGGCUCGGGCUCGGCCCAUAGAGGAACUGGGGCUCAGCGGCUUUGUUCCCUCCUUCAAAGGCUUCCUCCGGGUUCUCCGGCCGCCAACCACACACGUCUACGGACUUCAGCUUCGCGGCCAACGGGACGGACGCCGCCCGCUGCGGCGGCUCGACGCCCGCGGGGGCGUCUGGGAGUUGUAGUCCGGACCUGUGAGCUGACGCAGUUCGGGGCCGACCGACGGCCUAGCUAGCGCCAUUGUGUCUUCCCAGGCAUGCGUAGUGCUGCGUGAAAUCCCGUCGGGGACAGCGCCCAUCUUCUGUUUUAUCCCAUUACACCCUCUGGAGCCCAGAGCUGGCUUUGCUUGCGGUUCCACUUCCAUGGACCCGGAAGGAGCUGUGUAGUCGUGGGUCCGGAUCCUGAGAGAGACUUGGCGCUCUGGAUGUAGGACGCGGUUAAGAACACCAAACGCGUUCUGGAUUGGAGGACAUCAGAAGAUCUGUCCCCUCGCGGUUAGAGGGGAGCCUGCCUUUUUUCCUCAGCACGCUGCCUACUCCGGGGAGAGAACUUUGAGGACAGUAUGGCCUCCACGCUCCCCACAGGGUGGCCUCAUGAACCUGUGAAGUUUGAAGAUGUAUCACUGAUAUUUACCAAAGAAGAGUGGGCACAGCUGGAAUUCCAUCAGAAGUGCCUAUACAAGGAAAUCAUGCUGGAGAACUACAAUAACAUGGUUUCCGUGGAACGGCACUUUUCCAAGCCAAAUGUGAUAUCUCAGUUAGAAGAAGUAGAAGACUUCUGGCCAGUGGAGAGAGAAAUUCCUCAAGAGAUCUUUCCAGAGUCUUCUGGGCCUUCUUUGGACCCUGGAAUAAAUUCCUUUCCUGAUGAGAGUCUCUUGAUGAAGCCUUCUUUGGACCCUGGAAUAAAUUCCUUUCCUGAUGAGAAUCCCAAGAUGAAGAUCAACAUUGUUGAGGUCCUUACACUGAACAAGGAUGUGGCCGGUCCCCGGAAUGCCCUGAUUCAAUCCCUCUAUUUGAAAAGUGGAGAAGACCUGAGCCUAGGUAACCUUGAGCCAUCUCAACAGCCAAGCAAGCAUUUGACUGACACUGAAGUCGCUCACCAAAAGUUCCGACAUUUCCAGUAUGAAGAGUCAGAUGAUCCCCAGAAGGCUGUGUCUCAGCUUCGUGAGCUGUGUCACCAGUGGCUGCAGCCCAGUACACAUUCAAAGAAACAUAUCCUGGAGCUACUGGUGCUUGAGCAGUUCCUCAAUGCACUGCCUGAGAAGUUGCGGGUAUGGGUGGAGUCACAGAGCCCAGAGGAUUGCCAAGCAGCAGUGACCCUGGUGGAGAAUGUGACCUCGGUGUCUAAUGAAGAUGCUCUGCUUGCCUGCCAUAAUGAGGCCACUGAUCGACUGAAAGAGAAAAAGAAGGACAUGGCCACCUUACCAGUUACUGUACCACCUGAGGAGCCAGUAACCUUCCAGGAUGUGGCUGUGGACUUCAAUCAGGAGGAAUGGCAGCUACUAGGUCCAGUGCAGAGGACUGAGUAUCAUGAUGUGAUGCUGGAGACCUUGGGCAACUUGGUCUCAGUGGGGUGGGAGCCUACGUUGGGAAACAAAGAGUUAAGUCCAAAAUCACCCCGUUCUGUGGUAGAACCAAUUUGUGACCCAAAACCAAAAAAUUUCUCAAGGAAUGGUACCCAGUCCACUACUGUUACUGAAAAUAUCUCACAAAAUGAGGUGCAAGAAAUCCAUACCAUAGAAUCAAAUCAAGUGGAGGUUGUACAGGAAAAAGACCUCCCUCAGGAGGAGAUCUCUGAAAGCCCCCAGUCUCGGGGGCAAAUUAGGCUUCACACAAGCCAGGACUCACUCGAUGAAGUUCUUCCUAGAAAGCACUUGCAUGUAAACAGUAACCAGAAGGGCAUUGGAAAGAGGAGAGCCAAGAAAAAACACAUUUCCAUGACACGAGAUUCACCCAUAAGAAAUCAGCAAAGGGACUCUAUGGUGUGCCAAGUAGUCAGAGACGGCAGCAAUUCCAUGAAACAUAGUCCUUCUAUAGAAAACCCUCAGCAGAGUUAUGAGCAGGGUAAAGUUGGGGACAGCAGAGAUCCCAUUAUACUUAUAGCACCUGCAAAAAUUUACCAGAAAGCCACUGGCUCUGAAGCAGGCAGAGUCAGGGACAGUAGCAAUGCCAUGGAACCUGAUGCAUCUAUAAAAAUUCACCAGAAAAGUGCUGAACGGGGUAAAAUUGGGAAAAGCAGCAAUUCCAUGACACAAGGUUCAUCUAUACAAAAUCACAAGAUGGUGUCUGGGUUAGGAAAAGCCAGGGACAGGAACAGUUCCUUGGCACGUGCUUCACCUGUAAAAAUUCUCCAGAGAGACUGUGAAAGGAGUAAAGUCCGAGGAAACAGGAAUUCCUUGAAACAUGUAAGAAUUAACCAGGAUUCGAAUGGUGGAAGAGUCGGGGAAAUGAGUGCUUCCAUAAAACACAGUCCCCAUAUAAAAAUGCACCUGAAGACCUCUGAAAGAGGGAAAGGCAGGGAAACUAACACUUCCAUAAAAUAUGGUCCCCAUGUGAAAACUUACCAGAAGCGUUCUGAAGAGGGGACCACUAGGAAAGCCAGUGAUUGUAACAAAGCCAUCGGCCAUCAUGCUCAGCAGAUAUUUUUUAUAAAAAUUCAUAAGGGGAGCCAAGUUUGCCGGUGCAGUGAGUGUGGCAAACUAUUCCAGAAUGCUAGGUAUUUUUCUGUCCAUAAAAAGAUCCACACAGGAGAACGGCCUUACAAGUGUAUGGCCUGUGGGAAAGCAUUUGUUCAGAGCUCCUCCCUCACACAGCAUUAUAGAAUUCAUAGUGGAGAGAGACCAUUUGAGUGUUCAGAGUGUGGGAGGACCUUCAAUGACCGCUCAGCCAUCUCUCAACACUUGAGAACUCAUACUGGGGCUAAGCCCUACCAUUGUCAACAGUGCGGGAAAGCCUUCCGCCAGAGUUCCCACCUUACCAGGCAUCAGAGAACUCACACUGGGGAGCGCCCAUAUGUGUGCACCAAGUGUGGGAGAGCUUUCACUCAGAGCUCACACCUUAUUGGGCAUCAGAAAACACAUGGGAUUAAGUUCAAGAAGAGGCAAUCCAAACUGCAGUCCUAGUGCCUUUCAAACUACUGCCUUUUCAGCCUUGAGAUGCACUCUGCAGACUCUGAGUAAAGAGAGUCCCACACCUGAGGAACAGCUCGGGACACCACCCAGCAGGCAUGAGGGUGCCUGAAACUAUCAGGGAGUUCUUGAUUGCUUCAUUUAGCCAUUAAAGAAAAUAUAAAAUCUAAGGGGUUGGGGAUUUAGCUCAGUGGU